GGCGGUCGAGGCUCCGGGAGCGGGCGGAGGGGCGCUGCGGCAGUCGGUGGCGCAGCGUGCGGACGGGAGGGAGCGGUUUGGGCCGCCCCCCGCCAGGUAUCUGCGACACAGCGGCCCUUUCUCUCUCUCUCGAGGGGGGGGCCCGGACCGCCAACUUUCGAGCCGGAAAAUGACUCGCGAUUACAAACCCGGAGACCUGAUCUUCGCCAAAAUGAAAGGUUAUCCCCAUUGGCCGGCUAGAGUGGAUGAAGUUCCCGAAGGAGCUGUUAAGCCACCCUCAAAUAAACUGCCUAUUUUCUUUUUUGGGACCCAUGAGACGGCCUUUUUGGGACCAAAGGAUAUAUUCCCAUACUCAGAAAAUAAAGAGAAAUACGGCAAACCAAAUAAAAGAAAGGGCUUUAAUGAAGGGUUAUGGGAAAUAGAUAACAACCCAAAAGUGAAGUUUUCUAGUCACCAGGCUUCUGCUAAGCAAUCAAAUACAUCUUCUGACGUUGAGGCCGAUGAAAAAGAGAGUAAUACUCCCAAGGAGGAUAUUGACACUGAAGAAAAGGCCAGCAAUGAAGAUGUAGCUAAAGCAGGUGACAUAACCACUCCUAAAAUUGCCAGAAGAGGAAGGAAGAGAAAGGCUGAAAAGCAAACCGAAACUGAGGAUGCAGUAGUCUCAGCGGUAGCAGUAUCCACCACUGCAAAAGUGAGUCCUAAAAGAGGAAGACCAUCAGCUACAGAAGCAAAGGUUCCCAAACCCAGAGGGAGACCCAAAAUGGUGAAACCGCCUUGUCCAUCAGACAAUGACAUUGUUCUUGAAGAGGAUAAAAGCAAGAAAAAAGGGCCAGAGGAAAAACCAAAAAAGCAGCUGAAAAAAGAUGAAGAAAGUCAAAAGGAAGAGGAUAAGCCAAGGAAAGAACCAGACAAAAAAGAGGGAAAGAAAGAAGUUGAACCCAAAAGAAAAAAUGCUGCAAAAGUUAGCUCCACCUCAGCUUCUGAUUCUGAAGAAGAAGAGGAAGAGGAGGAGGAGGACGAAGAUGAGGAGGAGGAGGAGGAAGAGGAGGAGGAGGAAGAUGAAGAAGAUCAAGAUGAGGAAAAAAAGAAAAAGGGAGGCAGAACCUUUCAGGCUGCUCAUAAAAGGAACCUUUUAAAAACCCAACACGAGAAAGAAGUGGCAGAAAGAAAACGCAAACAGGAGGAGCAAAUGGAAGCUGAGCCGCAAAAUAAAGAUGAAAGCAAGAAACCAGAAGUUAAGAAAGUGGAGAAGAAGCGAGAAACAUCAAUGGACUCUCGACUUCAAAGGAUACACGCAGAAAUUAAAAAUUCACUCAAAAUUGAUAACCUUGAUGUGAACAGAUGUAUUGAAGCUCUGGAUGAACUUGCUUCGCUUCAAGUCACAAUGCAACAAGCCCAGAAACACACAGAGAUGAUUACAACUCUGAAAAAAAUUCGGCGGUUCAAAGUUAGUCAGGUUAUCAUGGAGAAGUCCACAAUGUUGUACAACAAAUUCAAGAACAUGUUUUUGGUUGGUGAAGGAGAUUCUGUUAUUACACAAGUGCUGAACAAAUCACUUGCUGAACAGAAACAACAUGAAGAAGCAAACAAAACCAAAGAACAGGGGAAGAAGGGCCCAAAUAAAAAGCCAGAAAAGGAACAGACAGGUUCAAAGACAAACGGAGGUCCAGAUGCUCAAGACAACCCUCCCCAACAUAAUGGAGACAGCACCGACGAGAGCAAAGAGAAGCACGAAGUCAUCCCUAAUAAAAAGACAUCCGACGAAGAGGAGCCUGAAAAGUCAUCACAGGACACCAACCUCGAACGUGACGAAACUGGAGUUUAAAGUUACAUUUUGGAAGAGAGGAUUAACAGUUUUGCAUUUGAAAUAUUUAGAUUGCUGAAAGUUUUAAAUAAUUUUUAUAAGCAUAGGUUUUGAUGUUUAAAAAAUUGUUUUGAGGGAGAGCAAUCCCUUUAUAUCUUUGUUUUAAAAGUAAUUGAACAUUCUUGCUGGAUUGUAUUUGUGCAGUAUUAAAGCUAUAUACCCAGUAAGUGUGCUGAUCCUUUAGAAAACUGAAAAUUGCUUUUAUUUUACAAGUUAUAGUUGUAGUAUAUUUUUACUUGAUUAUAGUAUGUUAAUGUGUAGUGGUAGUGGUUACUUUUUUUUAACUGUUAUUUGUAUAGACCCACUACCUUCCAAAAUAUCGUAUUUUUUUGUGCAUAGUUUUUACAAAUCUUUAUGAAUACUGGAGGCUAAUUUUUAUGGUAAUGAUCCCUUUAGAAAUGCAAGCAUCAAGUAUCUGAAGGAGAAAUAAAAGAUGGGAAAGUCAUACAUAUUCAAGUUCCUUCUGCAUAGGUAUCUCUACUGUUGAAUACUUGCCUGUGAGAUUUAAAUACUAUAGUGUUAGAACAUUACUUUGUACGGGAAGACUUAAGUACCACUAAAGACAAGGAAAAUCUGUCUGAAGUAGCAGGGUCAGUUAAAUGCUAAGGAGGUAAGUCAUCAAAUAUGAAACGAUCCCAUCAACUACCAAAAAUAGAGGAUUCAGAUGGUUAAGAAUUUUCCAGAAUAGAGGUGAGGCUCAAUCUCACUGGGAGAUGCAGAGGCAGGCAGAAAGAGGGUUGGGUCUGUUAAGAGCAAGGGACUAGGAAAGAAUGAAAUCCAUGGGAGCUGGCAGGUGAGGAAAAAGGCUGAGAUUGGGGUGGGGCGGUGGCAUCUGGGAAGGUGAGGAAGAAGAAACUAUCAAAGGAGAAAGAGAGCUUAAGGAAAGAUUAAUGCCAUGGAAAUCCAAUGCAGCAGAUGAGCAUAUUGAGGCAAUCCAGCUACAGCAGCCACCUGCACUUUAAACAUCUUGCAGUUGUCAUUCGAAUGGGGAAAUUAAGAGGUACAGCAUCUUUAUAUUUGGUAUGUGACCUACUUUUUCGGAUGCAGGGAGAGUUAUUUCACUGAACUGGUUGAAAAUAAAGUUUUUGGAAGUUUCUUGAAAA